CUAACCCGAAUUUAGUUAGGGUUUUGUUUUGUUUUUUAAAUUGCGCUGAAUUCGUUUAUCAACUCAGGAAUAUCCUGUCCCAUAGUAGGACUGUAUAAUUUGGCCUUCUUCACAAAGAGAAAGACUGUUUUCUGGAGAACCAGUCAAGGGUCAACAUUGUAACAAUCUGAGCUUUUGAUACUCCCUCCUUCCUGAUGGGAAAACCACCCGCUGAAGAUCGUUAUGUUUUAGAUAGGCUACUUAACUCAAUCGUGGACUUAUUUCUGAAUUCAGAUAUAUAUUGACAGUAGAACAUCCAUCUUCCCUUAUGGCGUAGGAUAUGUAAUGUCUAUGCAUCAUUUUAGGAAUAUCAGGAAAACCUUGGAUAGGCUAUCGUGCUCGCACACUCACGUGAACAAACUCGCGCAUGCAAUGGGCAAUAUGGCAGCCACUAUGCGCUGCACGCCGAGUGUGACUCCGAGAACCAUUGCGUGUGUCGAUAAAAUGUAACGGAUUAUGUGGCAGAUAUGGCAUUAUGUGUCGUCACAUUGGUCUACGCCAUUAAGACAAAACCCAUACCUCCGAAAGACUCACCCCUCAGUUGGCAUGGUGCCAAAUAUUACCGGUUGCUAUAGCAACUGUUAGUGCUGGUAUUUUGGCAUCUGUCCAUUAUCCUUACAAUAUUGGUGCCUUCCUACUUUGCUUCCUACCUUGCCUUAUCCAGCAGACUUUCUGAUUCCAUGAUGCACAGAACAACAAGAAUUAAGAUAACAGAACUGAAUCCCCACUUGAUGUGUGUGUUAUGUGGAGGUUACUUCAUAGAUGCCACCACCAUUGUUGAAUGCCUACAUUCUUUCUGCAAAAUGUGCAUUGUGAGGUAUCUUGAGACCAGCAAGUACUGCCCUAUUUGUGAUGUUCAGGUCCACAAAACAAAACCUUUGCUGAAUAUAAGGUCGGACAAGACUCUUCAAGACAUUGUGUACAAGUUGGUUCCAGGUCUUUUCAAAAAUGAAAUGAAACGCAGACGGGAUUUCUAUGCUGAACAUCCUUCAGUUGAUGCUGCAAAUGGAUCGAAUGAAGACAGAGGAGAGGUGGCUGACGAGGACAAGAGAAUAAUUACAGAUGAUGAGAUUAUCAGCCUCUCCAUAGAGUUCUGUGACCAAAACAAACAAGAAAGAUCUGGGGAGGCUAAAAGUGUCACUAAAGAGAGUGUGAAAAGGUACUUGCAGUGUCCAGCUGCAAUGACUGUCCUGCAUUUAAGAAAAUUUCUGAGGAGUAAGAUGGACAUACCAUGCACAUUUCAGAUUGAUGUUAUGUAUGAAGAUGAACCACUUAAAGAUUAUUACACAUUAAUGGACAUUGCUUAUAUCUACACUUGGAGAAGGAAUGGACCACUGCCCCUGAAGUACAGAGUGCGGCCCAGCUGUAAGAUGAUGAAGCUCUGCAGUCCCAGAGAGGAGCUGAGCAGUGGCAGUGCUGGCAGCCGGCCCGAGGGGGAGAGUGAUUCGGGCAGUGAUAAACCCUGCAGCCCUGCUGCCAGAGACCCCUCCACCUCCACCUCCACCACCCCACCCACCAACCCCAGCACUGCGCUGCAGUCGGCCCAGUCUGGACUCCUACACACCUCCACGAUCAAUGGCCUGUGUUCCUCCUCCUCCGCCACCACCACCACCAACUGCAGCUCUGGUCCAGCAAACAGACAGCUAACCCUGAACAGCAAAGCCUGCAAGCCCUCGGCUGUGAAUGGCUCACCCCCUCUGGGAUGACUUGACCAAAGACUGACCCCUGUUCUGUCCUUGUCCAUGCCAACAGAGCUGAUCUUUUUGUUUGUUUGUUUUUUUAGUAGUUGCAUUCAUUUGUGGGAGAAAAAAAAUAAUUUGACAUCACAUGAAUAAGUUUGUCAAUGUAGGCCCUAAAUGAAAACUGAAGUGACCCUGGUGUUGUACCCGCACAUAUGGGUUUUUUGAUUUUGAAGUUGAAAUUCUGAAGCUUUUUCUGAGUUUCAGUCAAGUUUGCUGAUUUUGGUUUUAAUUUGCCUUUACAUAGAUAAUUUAUAUUUAAUUUUGGGACUUAAAUUAAAUCCUGGGACUUAAUAUCUUCUCAAAAGAUUUUGAUCCAGUCAGGACCCAGUUUUCCCCCAGAUAAUUUUAAGUUUAUAAUAUAGCCUUAUUAUUGAACUUUAAAGACAGUAUUAUGGUUUUUUUUAGACUUUAUUGUGAGUGAGAUAUCUCUUCAGUUUUAUUUUAUUUUUACUAAACUGAAAAGAUCCGUUAUCAGAUUAUUGGACAUAGAUUAUUGUCAGAUUGGAACAUCAAGAAGAAAAUAAAAGAAAGGUUGCAGUGAAGGGGUCACCAUGACAUUUUGAUAAGAUACAUCUGUGUAAACAUUUGAGGUGAUUGCUCUCUCUCUCUCAGUGUUUAGUGUUUGCUGUCAUGAAUACUUGUACCCACUAGUUAUUUGUUAAAUGUAUUUACUGUUGCUGCAUAGAGGGCGAGGAAACCUGUAAAAUAAACAUUUUACAUUUUGUUAUGAAA